AUGCAGUUCUCCGUGAUUGUGGCCGCUGCCCUCGCCGGCGUCGCUGCCGCCCUGCCUCCUCGCGCGUUCCACGACACGAGCAAGGCCCAGGUCGCUUACACCUACUCCAACGGCACCUACACCAGGCCGCACUUUGUCAAGGUCAACCAGGGCGCCCAGAAGCUGCCCUCCGGCGGCCCCGUCACCGACGUCUUCGUCUCGCCUCCCUUCGACGGCCGCCACUACAUCCUCACUGAGUGCCAGUUCCAGACCCCGACCAACAAGAGCCUGGGCGCCGUCUCGGUCCGCAAGGCCAUGACCGUGCCGGUGAACCCGCCUGCUGCUGUUGCCUACGUGACUUGCACGACCGACAACUAA